CAACAGUUGAAAUAUGUCGGCGCCGCCACCUCGAAAGCCGCGUGGCCAUCGACAGAAAGGCGCUGGGACGGUCGCGACGUCCGUGGGUGAACAAAUCCGACAAGGAGUCUUGUGCAAGGAAUGGCAGCGCACCCCAAUGCAAUUGCUGCAGGAAUACUGCAGGUCUGUGAAGCGACAACCGGCGCACUACCACAACGCGCAAUCGGACUCGGAACAUACCUUCCGUGUGCGAUGUGUCUUGUCCGAUGCCAAGUCCAAAGACAAGGACUUGAUCUUUUGUCCGACCCAAUCUGUCGACACGACCCUCGACGACGCCAAGCACUGCGCGGCACUUUUGGCGCUGCUCCACCUCGAACCUUCUCGGCCGCACGAACGGAAGCUCCCAGAUCCAUACCGCGAGAUGUGGCUGGUUCUUCAGGAGGAGCAGAAGCAGCCGGCGUUCAAACCGUUCAAAAAGUCUGCCGCGGCUGCUCCCGAUGCCUCGUCCUCAUCCGACGGAGAUGCUGCUCACGGCAAAGUCGUGGUGCUGACGUCGGACCGAGCGUUUGCGUCCAAAGCAGAGUACACUCAGUCCAAGUUGAGUGAGCGAGAAGACCGCAAUCGGCGACAGCGGUCCCGCGAGAAUCGAGACCGCGCCAACAUUCCGGUUCAGGUGUUUAUGAGCCAAAAAGCACGCGAUUUGGUCGAAAGUGUGCUGGCGGAUGUGGACAACUCCCUCGACCGUGUCGGCCACGACGACCCGAUCCGCCUCGCCCAAGUCAGCGCCACCUUGACAGCGAUGGGGUUCCAACCGAUGCAUAUUCAAGCGGUGGUCGAUCGGUGUCCGGAUCUGACGGAUGACACGUCGGUCUUGGACUGGCUGUGCCUCAACGUGCCCGAAGACGAGCUGCCCAAGGGUUUCAACCCCAACGGAACGCAGCUGGAAGUGGUCGGGUACGGCGUCGUGGCCAAGGCCGCCAAAGCUUUGGAAGCGUCCGCCGCCUACGACCCCGCCCUCCACGACGCUGUGAUCGACCAACUAACGGCGUGUGGGUACAGCCGAGGCGACUGCUUGCGGGCACUCGAACUGGCCAACGCGGCCCUCCCGAACGCACACAUUCUCGACGUCGAGCACGAGAUCAAGUUGGAGCUGAGUCGGCAACUGCGCCGCGCACUUUCGGUUCGAGAACCUGAUUCCGCAGGCGGUCGGUCCGUGGAGGAGCUGGAGGAAGCGCUGGACGAAGAGCUCAUGGUGAUGGAAUCUAUCUACGACGACAAGUGCACCAAGACGGUGUUGUCCAAUUUGAACGUGCGCCAGAUUUCGAUGUUGCUCUUGGACGACACACUGGAGCUCGUGUUUUACUUGCCGCCAGAGUCGCAGUAUCCGUACGAAGUGCCUCAUUUGUUUCUUCGGGCGAUUGCGAUCGACGGCGUGAACUUGCUCGCGGUCACGGGGCAGUUGCUGGACUUGGCGUCCAAAUUGUAUGGGGAGCCCAUGAUGUACGAGCUGUCGUCUGCCGUGCAAGGCCUGGUACACCAGCCCAAACUGGCCAAACCCGUCGAAUUGUUCCGCGAAGACCCCGUCGCGACGUCUGCCCAACAAAAAGCGCCCAAGAAUGCGCCCAAUGCCAAGAAGUCCAAGGCAAAGCCGCGGCAAUUCAACCGAACCCCCCAUCAAGGCGACCCUCGAGCCAUGAACAAGCAACUGUACGACAAAUUCCAACAAAAACUCGGCAAUGACAAGUACAUUCAAAUGCAACAGACUCGAGCCAAGUUGCCAGCGUACCAAGAGCGCGAGACGAUCGUGUCACUGUUGGAAACUAACCAGGUGGUGCUCAUCAGUGGGGCGACUGGGUGCGGCAAGACGACCCAAGUGCCCCAGUUCCUCCUCGACCACUUCAUUCCCAAGCAGCAAACGUGCAACAUCAUCUGCACGCAGCCUCGGCGGCUGGCCGCCAUUGGGGUCGCCACCCGCGUGGCGCACGAACGCACCGAAUCCAUCGGCGAAUCAGUCGGGUACUCGAUCCGGAUGGAGACGCGGCGGAGUCCCGAGACGCGACUGCUGUUUUGCACGACGGGGGUGCUGCUGCGUCGGCUGCUGCAAGACCCGGUGUUGGAAGGCGUGUCGCACAUCAUUGUGGACGAAGUGCACGAACGAAAUGUGGACACGGACUUUUUGCUGUCGAUUCUGAGAGAUGUGCUGCGGCAGCGGACGGACCUGCGGCUGCUGCUCAUGAGUGCCACCAUGAACACGUCGUUAUUCGUCGACUACUUUGGUACUGGGACGCCGGUGCUGUCGAUCCCUGGGUUCACAUACCCAGUGACAUGUCACUAUCUGAAACACGUGCUGGACGUGACGGGGACAACCGACAAAGUAUCGGACGACGCCAUCAACUACCGCCUCGUGGUCUCUCUGGUCGAAUAUUUGGUCGACACGGGCGACAAUGGCGGCGCGGGCGAAGGGGCGAUGCUGAUCUUCAUGCCGGGGGUGCAGGAGAUCAAGUCGACGAUCCGAGAGCUGCAGCAGUCCAAAGUUGCAUCUGCCCUGGUGGCGUACCCGCUCCACGGGGCCCUUCCAGGACACGAGCAAUCGCGCGUGUUUGACGGGGCGCCCAAGGGCAAGACCAAGGUGAUUGUCAGUACCAACGUGGCGGAAACGUCCAUCACGAUCGACGACAUUGUGGUGGUGAUUGACGCAGGCAAAGCCAAAGAAAUGGCGUACGAUGCCAUCAACCGCCGGUCGAUCCUGGCUGAGCAAUGGGUAUCCCAGGCCGCCGCCGACCAGCGCAAGGGGCGUGCGGGGAGAGUGCGGCCGGGGGUGUGCUACCGCCUCUUUUCUACCAAGCAGUUCCACAAGAUGGCGCCGCAGCCGACCCCCGAGAUCCACCGCGUGAGUCUCGAGCCCCUCUGUCUGCAGAUCCAAGCGCUUGAACUCGGUCCCAUCGACACGUUUCUGGCCAACGCGAUCGAGCCGCCGUCGCCCGACGCCGUCCAGUCGGCCAUCGACGGGUUGAUUGAAAUGGGCGCGUUGGUCAGAGAUAACUCCAAUGUCCAAGUGCAGCUGACGCCACUGGGCGCGCAUUUGGCUAGGUUGCCCAUGGAUGCACGGAUGGCCAAGGUGGUAGUGUUUGGGUGCAUCUUGCGCUGCGUGGAUCCUGUGGUGACGAUUGCAGCGGCUUUGAGCUCCAAGUCGCCGUUCGUGUCGGCCCCAGACGACCGCAGCAAAGGCGACGCAUUGAAAAAGCAAUGGAGCGACCAAGUGCCGACAUCCGACCAUUUUUUGCUCUGGACGGUCGUCAAGACAUUUUCCGCCCUCAGCAAAUCCCUCCGUCGAUCGUACAAUCUAUCAUUCCUGCUACAUAUCUUUUCUCAAAUAUAUAUAUUCUCUAUCCUAGAUACUGCAAUCUAUCAUUCCUGCUACAUAUCUUUUCUCGAAUCAUAUAUAUAUAUAUUCUCUAUUCUAGAUACUGCAAGGACAACUGUUUGUCGUACGAGACACUGGCGACGAUCGUGGACCUGCGCCACCAGUACUUGGAGCACUGCCAGAUGCUAGGGUUCUACGAUCCAUCCAACGCCGCCCGCUUUAACCAGCACUCGGCCAAUCCCAAAGUCAUCAAGGCCGCGCUCACCGCCGGACUCUACGGGAACGUACUGCAGGUGGUGUAUCCCGAGCAAAAGUACUAUGAGAGCGCCAACGGGGUGCUGGCGGCGGCGCACGACGCGAAAGCGAUCCGGUUCUUUAUCCGGAAGCUGGACAAGACCACCGAGCGCGUGUUUAUUCACCCGAGUUCGGUUAAUUUUACACGGGUAGGAUGAUAUAUUUAUUAUAUAUUUAUAGAUGGAAAUAGAGCCAAUUUGAAUCGCCUUGGCUCGUGUACAAUGAACUCGUGCAAACGUCCAAGAUCUUUGUGCGGGAAAGCACCAUGGUCGCGCCAUAUGCGUUGUUGCUAUUUGGAGGGGAACUGACCGUACAGCACGAAAAGGUACUGUUGUUUCGAUGGCAACCAUGGACUACAUGUCGUUAUAUCCAGGGACUGCUCCAUGUGGACGGAUGGAUCAAAUUCCAUGCGGUGGCCCGCAUCGGGGUGCUCGUCAAGGCGCUGCGGCACCAGUUGGACCACCUCUUGGCCGUCAAGGUGACCGACCCGUCGGUGGACUUGUCGUCAAGCCAUCUCAUCGACGCCAUCUGCGACCUCUUGAUCACGGAAGGCGUGUAAGCCUAGUCCGAAUCCCCUUCGUGAUACGUGCCAGCCAAGAUCUUGUCUUCUUUAACUCUGUCCAAUAUCAAAGGUGAAUCGGUCCAAUUUAAAGUUUUCAGCGUACUUUUGAUUGUUCGCGUUCGAGUUGUCGUUGGUGAGACUGUCGCUGCCAGACAUGAUCUCAAUCGCGCGUUUCGUGGGCUUGGCUACCACAGGUCGGUACGAUGGCGUGGGGGCCGCGUAGAUGGUCAAAGGGUUGCUCUGCCUCUAAAAUAUGACAUUAAUUUUGUAGGAUUUAGUCCAGCCUGGAGUGACAUGUGGAGAGUAAGUCAUGCAUCGAUAUAAGAAUGAAUUGAGCCAAUCAGAUUGCACGAAACCAUCACCACCAUCGAAU